UUGUUUGCACUCGUAAUUUGCUAUAUGCUUAUACUUUGUGGUGACACGCGAGCUAUUUGUAAAUGAAGUGUUCUAUAUUUAGUUGAAACAACUUGCGUUAACCAGCUGGAAGGAACAAUCUACGUGCUAGAUCUAUCUUGUAUUAGAUCUAGUAAUAUUAGUUCAUUUUUUGAUCAAUAUUUUUUGUUUGUUACAACAUCUCUAGGAAAAGCUCAACUGAGUCUACGGUACAAACAUAUCGAUUCUGUUGAAAAUCCUUUUUUGGUGACUUUUAAGUUUACGAAGCAACCUCCUGAAAUAAAAUUCACCACCUUAAUUAUAAACAGCUGAAAUGACCAUAUACCUUACAAUCAAAUGAAAUCAUUGCAAAUACAUCUGAAAGGACCGCAUUUACAGUUAAAACAGCACAUACUGAGGGAAGCAAUAUAUACACAGUUGUAGCAUCACAUGCAUGUAUAAGCAUUGCACGUGUAUAUAGUAAGUAAAUAUGAUAAGUACACCAUAAAGUGCUAUGGCAACAUAAGAAGACAGCUAUGGCUUUCCAUACACGACAAUAAGAUGUAAUUUAACCCAGUCUUUCGUCCAACAAACAUACGGUUACAGGAUGUAUUAUAGUUUCGUGUUCUUUCAUAAAAGUUUAACAAGUUACACAAUGAUAGUUUUACUGCGCUAUAAUAUAACACGGAUUUUAAUUCUCCGGGAAAGUAAAUCGAUACACCUGAUGUCGGAAUAGAAAAUGUAGUGUAAGUUUUCGCUCAUGUGUCCAUUACAGACUGUUCAAGAGCGGAACCAAACAAAGCGGCAUAUUACUGGAAUGAAUAUAAUGUGUGUGUUUAUAAGCGUGUUACACAAAGUAUAUCACAAUGGAUAAUCCACCUACUGCAGUGAAAAGUUUCUGCUGUCAACGGUCAAUAACAUAUGGAAUUCUUGUUUGCGUCGCCUUAUUCAUUGUUCUAAUAUAUACAAGCAUAGGAAAUAUAUCUGUCUUAAACAGAACUUUCAAUACAUCAUAUAUACAUGUGUUCGGAUACAAAGACGAGGAACGUUUAUCAUAUAACACGAAGAACAUAAGUGAAACUAAAAAUGGUGUAAAUGGUAAAACAAAUAGAGAAGAAGAGAUGAACAUGUCAUAUAAUAUUAAAGGCGAAAGUGAUACUAAAAAUAGUGUACAUGGUAGCACAUAUAGUGACAAUAAUAAUGAAGUUCUAACUUUAGCAAGAAAAGUUAGUUCAUAUAAUAAGACAGUUUUAGUCAGCGUAGUAAAUGACGCAUAUUUACUAUUUGCUUACAGCUGGCUUUGUAACACAAGGGCUAUGGGAGUUCAUAAAUCUGUAUUAGUAAUUACAACGGAUAAUGAAUCCAAAAUCAAACUUAAUAGGGACUGGCCUGAAGUGUCAGUUUUCCAUCUAAAACUUGAUAUACCCAAAGGUGAUCAAGAAUAUAGCCAUGUUGGCUAUGUUAAAAUUAUGAUUCGUAGGACAGAAAUAAUUUUGUCUUUAUUACUGGCAAACAUUGACUUGCUUUUACUUGAAUUUGACUACGUUUGGCUUUCAAACCCAAUACCUGGCUUGCAAAGGCGAUCUGGUGUUGACAUGUUGGUGAAUCCAGUUUCUAAUACAGGAGGAACUAUUUUCAAUGGAGGACUUCUUUAUCUUUUUGCAACAAACCGGACUAUAGCCUUCUGGACAAAGCUGACGGAAAUGAUGCUGAAGCUUGAACGAGAUAUAAAGGAGAAACCAGAUAAAAACGCAAUAUCCGAAGGGCAAAAUGACCAGAUAUUCUUGUCUAAGUUAAUUCGUGAAAGGUAUGCAAAUAUUACUACAGAAUUACUGACCCUGGAUGUAUACGCUGAUGGUAAAUGGUACAGUAUGACUGACGCCCAGAGGCAGCAAUUACACCCUAUUGUUAUCAGCAACAACUGGAUAAUAGGAAACAAGAAUAAAAUCAACAGAGCAAAGAAAUGGAAUCAUUGGUUUCUACGACCUGAUAACACCACGUGUGAUCUGGAAAUGGUGACUAAGACUGUGUACACAGAAAUCUAGUAAAAUUAUAUUAAAUAGUGGAUGUCACGAAGAAUAUUUAUAAGAAUGUGAGACGAGACGUUAAAACGGUCAUCGUGGUUAUUGCAUCAUAAAUUCAUUGAAUCUUUUACUUUUUUCAGUGCAUUUUAUUUUUCAUUUUGACUCACGGGUUAAACAUUCUAUUUACAAAUAACAUAUCCACUUUCAAUUCCUUAUGGAUAGUAAUAAUCCAUUAUAAAAUACGAAUUUCAGAAAUUAAAAUGGUUAUAGCAAUAAUUGGACUGUCCUUUGCUACGUGACACCAGGUCAAAUGUUCAUAUUUAUGCGUCAUACAAUUGUUAGGUCACCAGCGGAGUAAUGAGAUUAUAUAUACAUACAGUUUCUUUACACUUCUUGUGUAAACUUGGUAUUUUUACAGCAUUAGAUAUAAAAUAUGUUGCAUUUCGUUCCGCUCUGGUUUUGCAAAUAGACCAUUCUGAUAGACUAUAACUACAAUUAUCUGUCUUUUAUUUAGCUAGAACAGUUUAAUAUAAUGUUAAAGUCUUUCAUGGUUUGAUAUGGAAUAUGUCUUGCUCUCAGUAUCUAGUCCAACAUCUCAGCAUUUUAGAUCCGGAAUAUGUUUUAUUACUUUUGUCAUUCCAUUGUUAGCAAUUGUACAAACUAAGUGAUAUUAAAUCAUUAAAAUUA